CUUCGAUAAGUAUUUUAAUAGUGAGUUGCUCUUAUUCCUGUAUUUUUUCGCAGAUACGUCAGGUGUUGCACGCCAUGAGAAGGGGGGAGAAUUUACGUGUUGAGGAUUACAUGGUGUUAGAUCCACUUAUCUACCAGGGUAUGACUGACCUGCAUGAUAGGCAUCGGGAAAUGCGGCUUGAUGUUGACAACAUGUCGUAUGAGGAGCUAUUGGCUCUUGGGGAACGCAUAGGAGAUGUGAGCACUGGGCUAAGUGAAGAGGUCAUUUUGAAAGCAAUGAAACAGCACAAACAUACAUCUUCUUCUGCUGAAUUGCAUCAGGACAUCAUAGAGCCAUGCUGCAUUUGUCAGGAAGAGUAUGUCGAAGGUGAUAAUCUUGGAACCUUGAAAUGUGGCCAUGAGUUCCACAAGGACUGUAUCAAGCAAUGGGUUAUGAUCAAGAAUCUCUGCCCCAUUUGUAAGACAGAGGCG